AUGGGGCUCGUCGAGCAGCUGGCCGGAUUUUCCACGGAGGUGGCCGCUGCCAAGGGCCCUCUACGUCCUCUGCUGAGCGCCCGCAACGCAUUCAUUUGGACCGAAGACCAUGACAGCGCGUUCGCGGCAGUCAAAGCCGCACUCACAGCGCCGCCUAUCUUGGCCCAUUUUGACCCAGAUCUGGAAACGUCCCUCCAAGUGGAUGCUUCCCGCAAGCAGGGGAUGGGUUACGCUCUACUCCAGCGCCACGGAUCAAUUUGGAAGCUGGUGGAUGCCAACUCCCGUUGGUGUACCGACACUGAGUCAAGAUACGCCAUAGUGGAGUUAGAAUUGGCGGCGGUCGAGUGGGCGAUGAGUAAAUGCCGCUUGUAUCUGCUGGGCCUACCUCACUUCCGCCUUGUCGUUGAUCAUCAAGCCCUCGUCACCAUCCUCGACAAAUAUACGCUAGAUGCCGUCGAAAAUCCAAAACUGCAGCGUUUGAAAGAGCGCCUUUCCCCUUUCAUCUUCACAACAGAGUGGCGCAGAGGCCGCGAUCACGCCAUUCCAGACGCCUUAUCUCGAGCUCCCGUCCACGAUCUGGGCCCAGACGACGAAGCUGCCAACACGGACGCCUCGUCCUUUGCCCGACACGUUGUUCUGGGUCAGAUCCAGGUCUUGCAACGCAACACCGACGACACCGCGGAGCCAGAUCCCGGCACUGAACCCGACCACCUGCCGGACCCCAUGCUGGACCAACUGAGAGCGGCGGCCGCGGCUGACGCCGACUACAGAGACCUUGUGACGGCCAUUUCGUCUGGUUUCCUCACUCCUCGAGACAAAACGUCAAAGUCGGUGCGCCAGUAUUGGGCCAUCCGAGAAGCCUUAUCAGUCGAUAACGGAAUCGUCCUUUUCGGCCGCCGGAUCAUCGUUCCACUAUCCGCCCGGUGCAAGACGGUCUAUUGGCCUGGAAUCUCCAACGAAAUAACCUUCUUAGUGGAGAGCUGCCAACCAUGCCAGGAGCGGCGGCCCCAUCACCAACAGGAGCCCCUCUUGCACGACCCCCUGCCUACGCGGGUGUUCGAGGACGUCUCCACGGACCUUUUCCAGUUCGGUCAGCUUCACGUUUUGGUGUACGUGGAUCGCUUAUCGGGCUGGCCCGUUGUUCAUCGAUGGUUCCAUGAUCCGUCCGCCCGCGAGGUUUCUCAGGCCAUCGUGGAGUCUUUCACCAAUCUCGGCGUCCCGGCAAUACUUUGGUCCGACAACGGCCCUCAAUUUGAGGCACAUGCUUUCCAGUCCAAGUUACGCAACUGGGGAGUCGUUUGGGGCAAUUCGACCCCGGGCUACUCCCAAAGCAACGGGCAUGCCGAGGCGGCGGUGGCGGCCAUGAAGGAUCUCGUAGCCAAAAUUGCGCCAACCGGCGACGUGACGUCGGAAGCUUUCGCCCAGGGGAUGCUGGAGUUCCGGAACACCCCCAGAGAAAAUGGACUCUCCCCGGCAGAGAUGGUGUUCGGCCACCAACUGCGAUCCAUCGUCCUAGCGCAUCGAUCCUCCUUCGCGACCCAGUGGCAGAAAGUUAUGGAAGCAAUGGAUCGCCAAGCGGAACUCGACGCCGUCAUUAAAUUCCGCUACGACGAACAUGCCCGGCCAUUGGGGCCACUUUCUGUUGGCACAGCCGUACGCGUCCGAGAUCCGAAGUCCAAACUGUGGGACAAAGUUGGGUUCAUCGUGGCCAUCGGUCGGUACCGGUCAUACCGCAUCAAAUUCGCGAGCGGCAGCGUCCUAUGGCGCAAUCGACGUUUCAUCCGCCCCAUGUCGGCGAUUCCGGACAGCGGUGCAACUCCUUCCGGCGGGGCGAGCGGCGAUGGUGACCACGAGUCGAGCUGCGGCCUAACGGGCGUGAACGACUCCCCCACUCCUUCCGAUGUAGCAACUGUUCCGGCCGCCAGCGAUCAACAUCCAAGACCACCUGUACGACGCGGCACGCGCGCACGAAGAAACAAAGUCCAUUUUGAGUGUGACGGAUUCUAA